UGUAACUGUGAAUGAGAUAAAUUAGGACUGCCUGAAUUUCAUAUAAUCUGGCACAAAUCUCUAUGAUCCGCUGAUUAACUGAUUUGAUUUCGAUAGUCAAAGUUCACGGUGGAUUCAAAAUACAUCUUUUCAUCAGUUGUCACUUGGACUGAAAAAUAAAUUGAUUACAUUAGAGUGGGCACUGCUUGGCAGAGUUAUACACCCGCAAUGUGGUAAUUCUAGUUUAUACAUGGCUUAAUUUAACAAAACGACAAUAACAGCAUUUCCCAUUGACUGAUCAAGCCUGAUUAUGACCUUCUCUGAUUACAGAUUAAUCAUGAGGUCAGUGCUUCGAGUAGCACUGCUCGGCUUGGCCCUGUUAGCAAGUUCCACUGUGGCCUUUCUCUCCGGCGGGAGUGGAAUCUCCUCUCAUGUCAACAUUACUGGAACGGCUCUGUUGCAAGAAGUGACCAAGGCUUGUCGGAUAGUAAUCGAGGAAGCCGGACACCAGUUCAAACCCACGGGUUCCUCUCCUGAAGAGCUGGUUCAGGCCUGUCUCGGACCCACAGCGACAGGACAAGUGUCAGGAGCCAAGUUUCGCUCUGCACUUCAAGAAAUCUACACCCAGAAUGGACUGGUAGACCGUGACUUUGUCAACAGUGCUCCACACCACUUCAACUCAGAGGCAUUCCUAGAGGGUCGUGGCCUUAUCACAGAGGGCAUGGUGGCCAUUAAGGCGAACAUUCGCAAGGAGAACUUCCAGGCUGCCAGAGAAACACUGGGAAGCAUCCUUCACACACUACAGGACUUUUACAGCCACAGUAACUGGGUGGAGCUGGGACACAGCGAGCCGUACAUCAACCUCAUACGUCCAGAUCUGCCACUUGAAAACCUGGCAGAUUUGUACACCGCGACCUGCAGUGACUGUGAAAAGGGAAAUUGCCCCAACUCCAUCCUCCCCAGCAUCCAACGAGAAAUGAAACUCACAUCAGGCUACUUGGGAGUCUUCUAUGCAUCCAAGCCUCAAGGUAAAUGUAGUCAUGGAGGUGCAAGUGACCUGACCAGCAAUAUAGUUCCCCGCGGUGGCAUCAACAAAUGUGAGCGACGCUUUGACAACGUGGGCCUCCACAAUACUGCUGUGAAUAUAGCCACAUCUGCAAGUGUCCAGCUACUGGAGAACCUCCGCUUAGCUGUCGGGGAUAAAGAAUUCCUUAGAUUGAUGGGCAUUGCCCGCUCAGCUGUUUUAUGCUUUGUUGUUGACACCACCGGCAGUAUGUCUGAUGAUAUCAUUGAAGCCAGGGCGGUUGUCAACGAAUUGAUUGACAGCAAAAAAGGAACGCAGGAUGAACCCUCCGAGUACAUCCUGGUGCCCUUCAAUGACCCUGAUUUUGGACCCAUGAUUAGAACAACAGACCCUGAAAAGAUGAAAGAAGAAAUCGCGAAACUCAAACCACAGGGAGGGGGCGAUGUCCCUGAGAUGUGUCUGUCAGGAAUUCAGUUGGCUCUGACUGGCGCUCCAUCCGGCUCCCACAUCUAUGUUUUCACUGAUGCUGAAGCCAAAGACAUCGAACUCAAGGACACAAUUACUGCCCUCAUCAGGCACACCAAGUCAACGGUGACAUUCUUCAUGACUAGCUUAGGUCGAAGGCGCCGUCGCUCCACCGCAACUGAAGCCUUCGAACAAUACAAGAACCUGUCUCUGGCCUCUGGAGGCCAAGCCAUCCUGGUGUCUAAGAAUCAGCUGCCCCAGGCCACAAGCAUCAUCCGUGAUACAUCUACUUCAGCUCUGGUGACUAUUCUUCAGAGAGCAGUGAACCCUGGCAAGAAGGAGACCUUCCUCUUCAUGGUGGACGAAUCUAUUAAAAACGUCACCAUCUACAUCACAGAAGCUAUCGUUUUCUCCCUGACCAACCCUGCAGGUGUGAGCCAGUCCAACUCGGAGGCCAGUGGUAAACUGGGGAACAUUCAGACAGUUGGCAACCUGAGGAGGAUUCGUCUCAAUGAUGACCACAGCGCAGGAACCUGGAAGGUCCUAAUAAACAGCCUGGAACCAUACACAGUUAAAAUCACAGGUCAGAGUAUCAUCACGUUUAUCUAUGACUUUGUGGAGAUGUUCAAGGGACCUCACCCAGGUUAUGCAGUGCUGAGUGGGCGUCCACAAGCAGGCCAGCCUUCCACCCUGCUGCUUUCAGUAGUGGGAAAGAAAGGACCUUCCUCCUUGACUGUGGGAAACAUUGGCCUGGUAACUUUGUCUGGACUUGAGGCUGUAAACAUCAGCAAAAUGAAAGACAUGGGCAAUGGAAACAUCCUGGUGACUGUUGAUGAGGUCCCGGAGGGGGAGUUUUUGGUCGUUCUGACCGGAAAAGACACAGAGUCAAAAAGUGAAUUCAUGAGGCAGUCCACCACCGCGAUGUCCGUGUCCAAAGUAAACAUCCAGGCUGUGGCGUCCAGCAACGUGGAGCCAGGAAAACCGUUAGAGCUUCCAUUCAAUAUAAUGACCCAGGGCGCUGGAGGUAUCUUCUCCAUCAUUGCCAAGAAUGACAGAGACUUCCCCAUGACCUACCCAAAAAGCCUCAGCUUGACAACCGGAGGAAACAUCAAUGAUACGUUAACCAUUACGCCACCAGCCCGCACACCAUCAGGCACUGAUGUCACUCUGACUAUAGAGGCCAGAUCAUCCAAUGGUGUCGACUCCAAUUAUGUUAUUCUCAGAUUGUCUGUCGUUAACAAGAUUACAGAUUUUGUUCCGCCUGUGUGUGAAGUGGUUGAGGUGCUGGCUAAAGACUGCCCUGAAGAUGUGUCUGACUGUGGACCUUUCCAAUGGGAGUACUCUGCCAACAUUACUGACGGAAAUGGCACUGGGAUAGAUAGCAUAUCCCUGCGAAAGGGUAAUGGAACCCUAACACAUACCCCCCUGGAGAAUACCAUCAUCCAAGCAAAAUACAUAGCCUCCUGCUGCUCACAGAUCGUUGAGUUCAUAGCUGUAGAUGAUGUUGGCAAUGUGGGGAAGUGCUAUCACUCAAUUGCUCGUUCUGGUGGCCCGCCUGCUGCAACUUUCUCACUGUCACUGUGGUUUUGCCUGCUAGUGUCUGCCUUUAUUGUGAGAACCUAAAGGCUUCAGUACAGGUGGCUCAGUGUUUUGUGUUUGUUCGCUGCAGGUAUCGGAUGCAGUGGUUAUCAUUAUCCCAAAUAAGUUACAACAAGGUGCCUGUCAUAGUGGGAAACUUUCGGCUGGUGAUGGUCAUCGUAAAAUACUUAAAUAAAACACGACAACUGAUAAAGGAAGUAUUUAUCAACCACUUCUUAUAAAAUGUUUACUUUGAGAAACACUUAGUUGUACUGCAAAUAAUAAUAAUGUUUUUGCAAUAAAAUGUUUCUGGCAAGUGUUCGGUUGCAGUGUGGUCGGUGUAGUGAAGCCAAGCACCUAAGAUUUACCCAUUAAAAUGUUUAAAUUGCUUUCUUGUAACAUAUCUUGCAAAUUGCUCAAAUAGAUAUCAUAUAGGGGAAUUAGGAAAAAAUUCUGUUGAUAAUCUGAGUUAGUAUAAGCAUCAUUAUAGCCGAAUUUAUCACGAGACAUGGACGUACAGCAAAUAAUUUUCUAUGGACACAAUUGAAUGUAAUAAAAAUUGUAUUCAUUGCCCAAAGGCAAUAAAGUUUUUCAAGGGGAAGCUGUUUAAUGCACAUCAUAAAGUUGGAGUGCUGUUGUAAGACUUUCUUUCCUUUAAAUAAAAUUGGGAUCUCAUUGCCAAGAAUGA